AUGAGAAUGCUGGUGAACAAGAGCAUAUUUGCCGAGCCGGAACCCGGAUUCUACGCCCACACCCCGGUUUCCCUUGUCAUUUGUGCGCCAAACAUGACGGAUCUUCUCAGUCAUAGGCUAGAGGAUGGGUUCCGCGCUGCAAGCCGACACGCAGAGGCGCUGGCGAGAUUGCAAUAUCGGGAUCCCACCGCGGAGGACAUUCUUGGCUUUCAACUUGCCUUCUCAACCACCAGGAACUAUUGGGACUAUGUGGAGAAGGACGAUCCUGAGUGCGGGCAGCGGUUCUCCAAAGCAAUGCGGGCAGUGACAGUGAACAAGCUGGGUGAUGUUCCCAAGCUGUACCCGUUUAACAAGCUUGUGGACGAUGGUGGAGUGAUUGUUGAUGUCGGGGGCGGAAUGGGCCAGGUUGCACAGAGCAUUCUCUCUCACUGGCCUGAUCUCGGGCUGGAGUGUAUUGUUCAAGACAAGUUCGCAAUCAAAAGUGGGAGUACGCAUCCCAGCUUGGAGAUGCAGACCUACGAUUUUUUCUGCCCACAGCCGGUUAAAGGAGCUGCAGCGUAUCUCUUCCGCCAUAUCUUCCAUGAUUGGCCGGACGAUGCCUGCAUAAAGAUCUUGAAGAACACCGUGGAGGCAUUGAACCCCCACCGGAGCCGGAUACUAAUCUGCGAUCAAAUCAUGGAGGAGAAGAACCCAUCCGCAGCGGCGGUGCUUUACGACAUCGAUAUGAUGUGCUUGUAUGGCGGCAAAGAGAGGACCUUAUCAGAAUGGGAGGCAUUGUUGAAGGCUGCAAAUCCGAAGCUGCAGAUAAAGAAUGUAUUCAGGAGCCCUAAUCAGGUCUCGGGUAUUCUUGACGUGCGACUUUGCUGCGCUUAA